ACGGAGCACAAAGGCCUUAAAAAACAGCGACUUUCUCAGCCUCAGCAAGUCAAGUCUCCCUCUUGAAAUGAUUGCAGAAAUCCUCUGCAGAUUACAAGCACAGAAACUUCCUUGUUUCAGGGCUUCAGAAUGAUCAUUGCGUUGAAGUUGAAUAUGCAUUCAGACAUGAUUGACUUCAAGAUGACUACAAGGUUUUGAUGAUUUCUCAGAAGGAUCUUAUAAGGGAUGGUCUGGUACUCAUAUCCCUCAAGUUAUGGUUUAUAGAUAACUCAUGGGCGGCAAUUGUUGUGCCUAGUUAUCUUCACUAUAUUAUCAACCAAAAGGGAUUCUGGAAUAGGCAACAAUAUGUACUACUUCACAUGCUUUUCAAUGGUCGUUAACACAAGGGGAUGAAUCAAAUAUUGCUGCAUUUGAUAUUCAAAGAGAGGAGUUUUGCGCAAGGCCUCUCCCUGGCUUAGGAGGAUCUGCUGAUUCCUACAGGAAUUUGGGUGUCCUAGGACAUUGCCUUUGCUUAGUUUCUAUGCUUGUCCAUAGUAGCGUGGACAUGUAGAUGACGAAAGAAAAUGGAAUCAACUAUUCAUGGGCUAAAUUGUUGUCACUUGACCAUUCUCCUUCACUUUUACACAUAUGGCUCCUUCAGCAUAUUCAAAGGAUUGUGAUCACGAGUUUCUCCUAAAAGUGCAUACAUAUUCAAGAAAGUUUAUUUGGUAUGAUCUAAAGACUAGAACAUAUGAAGAUGCAGGAAUUCCUUGUUAUCAACGGCUAUUUGAUGCCUAUACAUUUGUUGGAAGCCUAGUCUCUCCCAAAUUAAAGACAAAACGCAUCAAGAAUGUGAUAAAAAGAAAAUCAAGAAGAGAAACAAGGUAAAAAGGAAGAGACGAAGUUGCCUAGAUUUCUUGUUGGAUGACAAGCAAGGAAUUGUAGUAUUUAUAUUUUUUUCCAUGUGAAGGGCACGGAAAUCCGCAUGCAGCAAUUCUGCCUGUUACCGUUGAUUCUCAGUGCCAAGUCAGUCACUCGCUGAAGGCACAUACAUUAACAAAACCAAAAACGGAGUCUCUCCAACUCUCCCAAAUAAAUGUCAAGACCCUUCAAGAAUGUAAGAACAGGGGAUAAAAGGAAAAGAUUGUCCCUUAAUUACCUCCAAUCAUGUUAGGACUGUUAUUGCUGUUACAAAGCAACACCAUACUCACCUCAAUCUUGCUCCCGAAGUUGCUUCGCUACGACUCUACAGCAAGUUAAAAAGUAACAACAUUCUGCACUGUUGACAAAUGAUAUGGAAAAGCUCUAUGCAACUUGAGUUUUCUCUUAAAGGCAAAGAGCACAAAAGUCACCGAAUAAAGGUGCUAAAAGAUUUGACAAACUUGCGUGACAAGGAGACACCCCUUGUGUUACAAGGUGAGACACCGACUCAAGGAAAUUGAUUUAGGUCCUAGGAAGCAUAAAAGCUGAGUUCAAUUUGAUUCCUGGUAAGAAUCCAACAUGCAAGAAAACGAAAAUCCACCAUGGUUUAUUACAAGGCAAGGUUCCCCUUCAAAACCCCGAGGGAAUCAAUGCAGUUGCAUCGUGAAACUACCGGAGGAUGUCAUAGCUCACAUACUAAGUUAUUUACCUGUCAAGAGUCUGUUGCUUUUCAGGUGUGUCUCCAGGCUAUGGUGUUCCCUGAUUGAGAGUGAAUAUUUCAUCAAACUUCACCUUAGAAACUUUGUCCAUGAUAGCAGCGGUGCCAAACUUAGCCUCAUUCUUCAAGACACAUGCUUCUCAACGCCAAAGAUCUUUUCAGUUACCCACGUUGGUUCGCAGAAUGAAUGCGUCGAACUCAGAGCCCCGUUCGGUUACAGGACCAGAAUAUUGGGGUCUUGCAAUGGUUUGCUUUGCGUUUGUCAAUCAGACAUGGAAGACAGCGUCGAGUACAAACGAUCAGGGAAGUAUUACGUCUCACCGAAGAUAGCCUUGUGGAACCCAUUAACAAAGAAACUGCAUAUCCUGCCCUUCGCACCUAUUCAAGUUACAACAUGGAGUCCUCUCUAUGGUGUUCUUGACUCUCUUGAAUUUCAAUAUGCAUUUGGACAUGAUUCGUUCAACGACGACUACAGGGUUUUGAGAAUUGUACAGCAGAAUCCUGGAAUGCCUGAUCCUGAUAAGUUUAUCCUUAAAGCUAUGGUUUAUAGCCUGAAGGCUAAUUCAUGGAGAGAAAUUGUUGCACCUGGUUAUCUUCAUUAUAUUGUCAGUAAAGAAUCUGUGCUAGUCGGCGACGCUUUUCAUUGGUUGCUAAUCCAAGGGCAUGGAUUGGAUAUUGUUGCAUUUGAUAUUCAAAGAGAAGAGUAUUGCACAGUGCCACUGCCUAACUUAGAAACUAAGUCUUCUCUUUACUACAGGAAUUUGGGUGUCCUCAGACAAUGCCUCAGCUUAGCCUCUAGUAGUGUCCAUAAUGUUGAGAUAUGGGUGAUGAAGGAAUAUGGAAUGAAGGAUUCAUGGGUUAAAUUGUUCUUGCUUGAAAAGUCUUCUUCACUAUGCUACAGUACUGUUCCAUAUGAUCUGGCCCCUUUAGCAUAUGUAAAGGAUAACAAUGAUGAUCAUAAGGUUCUCCUAAAAGGGCUGCCUGAUCAAAGUCUCAUAUGGUAUGAUCUAAAGCUAAAAACAUAUGAACAUGUCCAAAUUCAUGGGGCUCCAUGGCUAUAUCAACCCUAUAUUUUUGUUGGAAGCCUUGUCUCUCCUCUCCCUCCAAUGCAGAAACAAAUUGAUGGCAAGAUACAUCAGGAAUGUGAGAACUAGACAAACAAGAAGAGAAGAAUAGGAGAAGAAAUAGCCAAUUAGGGCCUGUAAAUCUUCUUUCUUUUCCUUAUUUUAUCCCAGAUUGUGAGACAAUUCAAAGUUUUAAUGUUGGUAAUUGUUUUUGGCUAUU